GCCGGUGACCCGACGGCAUACUUCGACUGGGUCGUGUCCUACGUCACCGUUGCCCCUCUCGGCGUCAGCAAGCAGGUGAUAGCAAUCAAUGGCCAGUUCCCAGGCCCUAUUGUCAACGUGACCACCAACUGGAAUGUUGUCGCCAACAUUCAAAACAACUUGGAUGAGCCUCUACUAGUUACAUGGGAUGGUAUCCAACACCGACGCAACUCUUGGCAAGAUGGUGUCCUGGGAACGAAUUGUCCCAUUCCUUCUGGUUGGAAUUGGACAUAUCGGUUUCAAGUAAAAGAUCAGAUCGGAAGCUUUUUCUACUUCCCCUCUCUUAACUUGCACCGAGCAGAUGGAGGUUACGGUGGAAUCAUUGUAAAUAACCGCGAGGUUGUUCCCUUGCCAUUUGAGAAGCCUGACGGAGACAUCACCCUUUUCAUCGGAGACUGGUUUAAUAAGAACCACAAGGAUUUGAAGAAGGAGCUUGAUGAGGGAAAGGAGCUUGGGAUGCCUGAUGGUGUGUUGAUCAACGGGAAGGGGCCUUACCAAUAUAAUUCCUCGCUUGUUCCUGCGGGUAUUGAGUAUGAAACUAUCAAUGUCGAGCCAGGUAAGACAUACCGAUUUCGGGUACACAAUGUUGGAACAUUUACGAGCCUCAACUUCAGAAUUCAGUCACAUAACUUGCGCCUUGUGGAGACUGAAGGCUCAUAUACCAUACAACAGAACUACACGGACUUAGACAUUCAUGUUGGUCAGUCAUAUUCUUUCUUGAUUACUAUGGAUCAGAAUGCAAGUGGUGAUUACUACAUCGUCGCAAGUGCUAGAUUUGUGAACGAGUCUAUUUGGGCAAGGGAUACUGGUGUUGCCAUAUUGCAUUAUUCAAAUUCCAGAGGCAAGGCCUAUGGUCCUUUACCUGAUCCUCCAAAUGACCUUUAUUACAAAGGUUACUCCAUGGACCAAGCAAAAUCUAUCAGGUGGAAUGUGAGUGCUUCUGCUGCACGCCCAAAUCCUCAAGGAUCUUUCAGAUACGGUUCAAUCAACGUGACACAAGUCUACAUGUUAGAAAAUAAACCACUAGUUACUAUUAACGGAAAACAAAGAGCCACUCUCAAUGGGAUUUCGUAUUCCCCGCCUAGUACACCGCUAAGACUCGCUGAUCAGUAUAACCUUAAGGGAGUGUACACACUCGAUUUCCCCACAAAACCACUUGAUGAGCCACCAAAGCUUGGAACUUCUCUAAUGAAUGCUUCAUACAAGGGAUUUAUGGAAAUUAUAUUUCAGAACAAUGGGACUAAUGUUCAGACUUACCAUUUGGAUGGACAUGCAUUUUUUGUUGUUGGGAUGAAUUAUGGGGAAUGGACGGAGGAGAGUAGAGGAACAUAUAAUAAAUGGGAUGCAGUUGCUCGUUGCACAACCCAGGUAUACCCUGGAGCAUGGACUGCAGUUUUAGUCUCAUUAGACAAUGUCGGUAUAUGGAAUCUACGCGCAGAAAAUCUUGACACAUGGUAUCUUGGGCAGGAGACAUAUAUGAGAGUCGUGAAUCCUGAAAAUACUAAUAAAACCGAGUUGCCUCUACCAGACAAUGCAUUGUACUGUGGUCUCCUCCAAAAGUAUCAGAAGGAGCAAAAACAUCAUAUUACGAGUUUGUCUUCUUCAGAGAGACUUCUAUGGUGGAAAUUGCUAAUAUUCAUGAUCUUCAUCACAACAAUCCUUUAGCAUUUGUUAAGAGCAGACUCAUACACUUUUAACAUUUAUCGAGAAACAGACGCCAUUUCCCCCCAUCUAAAUUGUAGUGCUAUUGAGAUAUGCCUAGUGGUUAAAUUCUAAGCAUGGCAUAAAUAUCAGUUUUUUAGUUCUUCGAUAUUUCUCGUAGACUGCUAUUUUUGGGUGUGAAUCUCUAUUUCUUUGAUUUCAACUCUGUGAACUAAAGUAGUUAUUUGUUUGCUGAUA